AUGACUCAUAAGGAAAUUUUGCGCAUCUGUGAGAAGUCUGUUAAGGGACGUGAGCGAGAAUCUUGUCAACAAUCCCGACCACGAACAGCCCGACAGCAACAACAGCCAGCCCGCACCAACAGCCCGGCCACCAACAGCCCGGCCACCAACAGCCUGGCCACCAACAGCCCGGCCACCAACAGCCCGGCCACCAACAGCCCGCCUGCCACCAACAGCCCGGCCACCAACAGCCUGGCCGCCAACAGCCCGGCCACCAACAGCCCGGCCACCAACAGCCCGGGCCACCACACCAACAGUCCGGCCACCAACAGCCUGGCCACCAACAGCAAACAGCUGGACCGCCUCCCACCAACAGCCUGGCCACCAACAGCCCGGCCACCAACAGCCCGGCUACCAACAGCCUGGCCACCAACGACACCAACAGCCCUGGCCACCAACAGCCUGGCCACCAACAGCCCGGCAACAGCCUGGCCCACCAGCCUGGCCACAACAGCCCGCCCGGCCACCAACAGCAGCCUGGCCACCAACAGCCUGGCCACCAACAGCCCGGCCACCAACAGCCUGGCCACCAACAGCCUGGCCACCAACAGCCCGGCCAACAGCAGAGAGAGAGUCACGUCGUACACCAGUCUUAGGGCCAAGUCGUGUGCUAUAAGCAACACUACGGAGCGUACUUUAUUAGUGGCUCAAGAACAUCACACCACACUCAAGAACAUCACACCAGAAGAACAUCACACCACACUCAAGAACAUCACACCACACUCAAGAAUAUCACACCACACUCAAGACAUCACCACACUCAAGAACAUCACAUCAGGCUCAAGAAUAUCACACCACACUCAAGAACAUCACACCACACUCAAGAACAUCACAUCAGGCUCAAGAACAUCACACCACACUCAAGAACAUCACACCAGAAGAACAUCACACCACACUCAAGAACAUCACACCACACUCAAGAAUAUCACACCACACUCAAGAACAUCACACCACACUCAAGAACAUCACAUCAGGCUCAAGAAUAUCACACCACACUCAAGAACAUCACACCACACUCAAGAACAUCCAUAUUUCAUGUCCGGUCACGAAAAUAUGAGCCAUAACAUGAGCUGUCGCCCUUCUAACUGCGGGAACAAUGCCUCGCGCUCCUGUAGGUGA